AUGCCAUGGAGUCUGUGGUCGUCACCCCCGCCGUCUGGCCCAGGCAGCAACGAUAACCACAGCUCUUCAAAAUCCAAUGGCACCUCCACCGCGCCGUCUCCGGCUCGGGAAGAGCCCCUCCUCCCACCAGCGACGUCCGAGAGUGUCAAGAAGAGGGCCGUCUCGUGGAACGAGUCCCUCAACGCCACGGACUGGGCGCACUUUGCGGAGCCGCGCAACUGGGUGCCGACGCUGCUCGUGACGGCCACGGCACUGGGCGCCCUGCAGUUCUACCGAUCCUACCUGCGCCGCAUACCGGGGACGAACUAUAUCAUGCCGGGCUUCUUCCGCAAGCGCAGCCUGCUGGGCCGGGUCACGAGCGUCGGCGACGGGGACAACUUCCACCUGUUUCACACCCCCGGGGGGAGGCUGGCCGGGUGGGGGUGGUUGAGGAAGGUCCCCAAGGACAGGAAGGAGGUACGGGGACGGACGAUCCCCGUCCGCAUAGCCGGCAUCGACGCCCCUGAGGGCGCGCACUUCGGGCGGCCGGGGCAGCCGCACGCGGCGGAGGCGCUGGCGUUCCUACGGGAGUACAUACAGGGGCGGCGAGUGCGGGCGUACCUCCACCGGCGCGACCAGUACGACCGGGUAGUGGCGACGGUGCUGGUGCGGCGGCCGCCGCUGUUCGUGCCGCGGCGCGACGUCGGGCUGGAGAUGCUGCGGCGCGGGCUGGCGACGACGUACGAGGCCAAGACGGGCGCCGAGUUCGGCGGCCCGGCCAGCGAGAGGCGAUACAGGGCCGCCGAGGAGGAGGCCAGGAGGAAAGGGAGGGGCUUGUGGGCGGCCGAGAAGGGCGGCGGCUUGUUUGGCCUGGGGAAGAAGAAGGAGGUCGAGAGCCCGAGGAUGUUCAAGGACCGGAUGAAGGCUACGGAGAAGAACGGCUGA